AUGACGGAAUUCUUCCUUCGUAUUGGUUCUGUUUUAUGGAUACUGAUGAGGGGAAGGUUCGUGCCACGCUGUGUGUUAAUUGACCUAGAUCCGGGUACUCAAAACACGGUACGUGGAAGCCCCUUUGGACGACUGUUUAGACCUGAAAACUUCAUUGCCGGACGCGCGGGCUCCGGUAAUAAUUGGGCCAAGGGUCGCUAUACUGACGGUCUAGAAAUGAUGGACGCUGUCCUUGAUGUUGUCCGCAAGGAGGCUGAGGGCUGUGAUCACCUUCAGGGCUUCCAAAUCAUCCACUCUAUUGGUGGCGGCUGUGGCUCCGGUAUGGGCAGUGCUAUUAUGGAUCAACUGCGUGACGAGUGGAGUGAUAAGAUAUUCAACAACUUCACUGUUCUACCUUCUCCAAAGGUAUCGGAUGUGGUGGUGGAGCCUUACAAUAGCAUAUUCUCCCUCGAUCACCUCAUCGAAACCAGCGAUCUUACUGUUAUCCUCGACAACGAGGCUCUCUAUGACAUUUGCAACCACGUGCUCAAGACCUCCUGCUCCUUCGCGGACCUCAACCACCUCAUCUCCACAGCCAUUUGCGGGAUUACCACAUGUUUCCGUUUCCCUGGCCAACUAAACUCUGAUCUCCGUAAAUUGGCAGUCAAUCUGGUGCCCUUUCCGCGUGUCCACUUUGUAGCGCCCUGUUUCGUUCCUUUGACUAGUCGUGACAACCAGACUUACAAGGCUAUCACAGUGCCCAACUUAGUCCAACAGAUGUUUGAUGCCAAAGUUCUCAUGGCCGCAUGUAACCCUCUAAAGGGAAGAUACCUCACCUGUGCGGCAGUGUUUCGUGGUCGGCUAAGUGUGGCCGAGGUGGAGGAGAUGAUGUUGAAUACACAGGACAAAAACUCCACUCAUUUUGUUGAAUGGAUCCCGAAUAACUGUCAAACUGCGCUAUGUGAUAUUCCUCCCAGAGGCAUGAAAAUGUCAGCAACUUUCAUGGGUAAUAGUACAGCUAUACAGGCGGUGUUUGGUCGUAUCCAGUCUGCCUAUUCAUCAAUGUUCAAGAGGAAAGCCUUUAUUCACUGGUACACGGGUGAAGGAAUGGAAGAAUCUGAAUUUCUUAGCACAGAAUCCAACGUUCUUGAUCUUAUCAGUGAGUACCAGCAGUAUCAAGAAGCACCAGCCUAA